CAGCGUGCUGCUGAGGAGCGUCGCAAGGCGAAGAAAGCACAAGCUGAAGUGCUGGCUGCCAAACAAGCGCUUAAAAAGCAGCAACACAACGCUCCAAUUGCUCAAAAAUCUCACAAUACACUUAAAAAGCGUAAGCGAAAAGUCUCACACAGUGCUGCAAAAAAUCUGACAAAGCGUUGUUGUGUUGUGGCUGGUCAAAGUCGUGUUGACGCUGCACUGCCAGCUGCGUCUCCCCCACCCAAAAUCACUGCGAGAGGCCGCAACUUGCAGUUACCAGCCAAAUAUAAAUAG